CCGGGGCUCUGCGCUCCGGGAGCCGGGCGCGCGAGGGCCGCCGAGCUCGAGGCUUGGCACUUCGAGCCCGGGUCGCCUCUCCGACCCGGGCCGUCCAAUGGGGAGGUGCCAGGGACCAGGAGCCCGGCGAAGGCCUGCCGAGCGACACCGCCACUUCUCCCCUCGCGAGGCCGUCGUCGUCUGUCGCCCUGCGAUUCCCGCGCCUCCCGCGUCCCCCCAGCACGCUCCUCCUCGUGCGCGCGCCCUGUAGACAUUUUUUCGUCCCAGAUCAUUUUCAAGCGUUUUUCCAGUUUGGCUCGUCCAUCUGGUGGUGUGUGCGCGGGUCAUGGAGUAUCUGCUGGAUUUCCUGACCCACGUAAUGAAUCAUGCGAUUCUCAUGGGCGCUCUCGUGGUCAAGCUUCCCCAGAUGCACGUCGUGAUGCGGAAUCGGAGCGUCGUCGGCAUGUCCGAGGCUUCCCUCGCUUUGGAGCUCGUCGGCUUCAGUGCCACGGUCCUCUACAACAUGCUCUCGAAGCAUCCGUUUGCCACGUGGGGCGAGAAUGGCGUAGUCGCCUGCCACAACUUGGUCCUGGUGUUCCUCUUCUGGAGAUACACCGACCAGGCCAUUGCGCUCCGGCCACGGCUCCUCGCCCUGGUUGCCUGCGAGGCCGCUGGAGUUCUGCUGCUGGCAUCCAGCCCGCCAGAGUGCGUCGUGGUGGCCAUUGGGCUGACGCCGAUGGUCCUCUUCGUCGUCGCCAGGAUCCCACAGCUGGUCCUGAACUGCAGACAGGGGCACACCGGGGCGCUGGCCCCCGCGACGUACCUGCUGCAGCUCCUGGGCAACUCGGCCAGGGUGGUCACGACGGUGUACCUGCUGGAGGCGGACCUGGUGGCCCUGCUGCAGCACGGGUCCGCGGCGGCCAUGAACGUCAUGAUCUUGCUGCAGGUGGCCCGGUACCGGCGCGUGACGAGGGUCGUGCUCGCGAAGAGCAGCUGUCGCCCGUCAGCGAAGCCUCCGCGAAGAAGCCACUCGAUGCCCUCGGACGCAACCUCAACCAAUCUCGGGGGGACGUGAGACUCGGGUCUGCAGGAGCUCGGGCUUAUUGAAGUCCUUCUUGGCGGCCCAGGUAUCACCAGUCUUGAAGCGGCCCCGUUUCCGUGGGACGUUUGCAGCGGGAGCUCGCGACAGGUUUCAGGCUGGACCCCGUCAUUUUUCCGACGGCCCGCGGCGGGCGAGUCCGAGCGCCCCAACCCCAAGCCCCGGGUCUCCCCGACCAUCUCCGCGGCCCCUGACGUCGAACCGCGGAGGCCCACACACACACACACACACACACACACACGCACACGCACACGCAC